UCAUGUCGCUGUCAUGUGACUCGUCGUGUGGGCGGGGCUGCAGCGUCUAAACCGGAACUGUUUUUCAGAGGAAAGAAGUGUUGUCUUCACUGCCUUUACCACUGUGUGUGAAGGAUGUCUCGUGCACGCCAGCCUCCUUUGGUGACUGGCAUCUCACCCAACGAGGGUGCGCCGUGGACCAAAGUCACUAUUCGUGGAGAGAACCUGGGCACCGGACACAAUGACCUCAUAGGUCUGUCUAUCUGUGGUCAUAACUGUUUGCUGACAGCAGAAUGGAUGUCUGCUAGUAAAAUAGUGUGUCGCGUGGGUCCUGCUAAAGAUGACAAGGGCGAGAUUAUCGUCACCACCAAGAGCGGAGGUCUAGGGACGUCCACGGUCUCCUUCAAACUGCUUAAACCUGAGAGGAUCGGGAUUCUGGAUCAGUCUGCAGUCUGGGUUGAUGAGUUGAGUUACUAUGACAUGAGGACCGAUCGCAACAAGGGAAUCUCUCCUCUCUCGCUGAGGCCGGCCAACCCUUUGGGCAUCGAAAUAGACAAAGGGAAGGUCCCUCUGAAGGAUCUGGAGAACAUGUUCCCUGGCAUGAGUGGAGACUUCACCAGCGAGAAUUUCUCUGCCACCUGGUAUCUCAUGGAGAACCAUUCUUCAACCAGCUUUGAGCAACUGCGUGUGGCUGUGGCAAAUCUUAAGAAACAGGCCAGUAAGAAGAAUGAGGGCAGUCUGGCCUACGUGAAAGGAGGUCUCAGCACUUUCUUUGAGGCUCAGGAUGCUCUUGCAGCUAUCCAUCAGAAGCUUGAAUCGGACGGCACUGAGAAGGUGGAGGGCUCUAUGACCCAGCGACUAGAGAACGUCCUUAACAGAGCAAGUGAAACUGCUGACACCCUGUUUCAAGAAGUGUUGGGAAGAAAGGACAAGGCCGACUCCACACGCAACGCUCUCAAUGUCCUCCAGAGAUUCAAAUUUCUGUUUAACUUGCCACUCAACAUAGAACGCAACAUCCAGAAGGGCGAUUAUGACGUUGUUAUCAAUGAUUAUGAGAAAGCCAAAUCUCUGUUUGGGAACACAGAGGUCCCAGUCUUUAAGAAAGUGUAUUCGGAGGUGGAGACGCGGAUCGAAGCCCUGAGGAAACUGCUUUUGGAUAAACUCCUGGAGACGCCAUCCACUCUACAUGAUCAGAAACGCUAUAUCAGAUAUCUGUCAGAUCUACACGCUCCAGGUGACCCGGCGUGGAAAUGUAUAGUCGCUCAACACAAGUGGAUCCUGCAGCUGAUGCAAAACUGUAAAGAAGAUUUUAUCAAAGAGCAGAAAGUGGGAGGUGUUGGUUUAGAGAUGGAUCGGUCCUCAGCUCUGAACAGGAUCAGCCUCCCAGCUCCGGUGAAGAGAGGAGGCAGCUUCCAGACACCUAAAGAUGACUCGUGGCACUAUAAGAGUCCUCAGCAGGUGAGGUUUGUGGAGAAGCUCUCAGACGUGGUUAUCAGCCAGCUGCCCAACUUCUGGAAACUCUGGAUCUCUUACGUCAAUGGCAGCCUUUUCAGUGAGACGGGAGAGAAGUCUGGUCAAGUGGAGAAGUUAAAGAAGAACGCCCGGCAAAGACAGAAUGACUUUAAGGGCAUGAUUGAGGAGGUGACCCGUCGUUUGGUGCAGUUGGUUCGAGGGGCUCUGUUACCCUCCUCUCUCACUGAGCUGCAGCUGAGGCAGUACGGAGGCUGGGACACCAAAACCCCUCUCAGUGGAGCCUGGCUCACUCAGGUCAUCCACACCGUCAGGUUAAGUCAUGAAGCUCUGUCAGCUUUAGAGAUUCCUAAUGACCUGCUGCAGGUGAUUCAGGAUUUACUGCAGGAUCUGCGUGUGCACUGCCUGCUGACCUCGCUACAGCACACUGAAGACGACGUAAAGAGACUUGCAGAAAAAGAAGACUGGGUUGUGGACAACGAAGGAAUCACAUCACUACCGGCCCAGUUUGAGCAGUGUAUGGUUCAGAUGCUGCAGUCUCUUAAGGAGCCCAUGGAAUGUAAACCCGGAGAGAUCAAUAUCUUAAAUCUGGAUGUGGUUCAGGACAAAGCUUGUGAACAGUGUGUUUCUAUCAUGAAGGUCUUUAUUAAGUGCCUCGAACAGCUCAGCACCAAGACUGAUGGAGACAUCGACACCUCUCAUUUGUCUGUGGAGUUGUCCUCACCUGAUCUUUUUGGAAGCAUCCAAGAAGAUUUCAGUUCAAAACCAGAGCAACGUCUCCUCAUCAUCCUGAGUAACUGUCAGUAUCUGGAGAGACACACGUUUCUCAAUCUGGCUGAGCACCUGGAGAAGAACGGCUUCACCACUGCAGAGAAGAUCAUAAGGGUCAGCAUAGAGGCGUUGAGACAGCUGGACGAAUAUCUGUUUGAGACGUACAUUGAGAAAAAAUCAGAUCCUAUCGUCGGCUCUCUGGAGCCUGGCAUUUAUGCAGGAUACUUUGACUGGAAGGACUGCCUGCCACCUACAGGUGUGAGGAGUUACUUGAAGGAGGCUUUGGUCAGCAUUAUCUCUGUUCAUGCUGAGGUUUUCACGGUUUCCAAGGAGCUGGUUCCCCGUGUUUUAUCAAAGAUCAUUGAGGCUGUAGCUGAAGAAAUGAGCCGUCUGAUGCAGUGUGUGUCCUCCUUUAGUAAAAAUGGUGCACUGCAGGCACGUUUGGAAAUCUGUGCGCUGCGAGACGCCAUAGAGCCGUACCUCACAUCAGAGAGUCGCACUAGUUUUAAGCAGGCCUUGGAAGCUCUACCACAGCUACAGAGUGGAACUGAUAAGAAACUCUUGGAGGAGCUACUGAAUAAGUUUAAGAGUAGCAUGAAGCUACAGCUUAAUUGCUUCAAUCCUGCUUCUUUUCAGCCUGUGAAACGAUAAUCCUUCACCAGCGCCUCUUCGUUGUAACACUAAAGGCCCGUUCACACCAAGCACGAUAACGAUACAGUUCUAAAAAUUGUUCUCAGUAUUAAAGAACAGCUAAAAGAACCACCAUAACGAUAAACGUGCAGAUAAACGAUAUAAGUGGAAUCAUUUUCAGAACUAUUUUUUCCAGCUGAUGAACGAUACAAACAUUGACAGCCAAUCAGAAUCCAUCCUGCUUUAACAAGCGUAGGAAUUCAAAAAGGCAGACUCACGUGUGCGUAAAAUAAACAGGCUAUUUCGUUCGAUAGUGUGGAUGCUAAUAUGGUUAUCUUUAUAGUUAUCGUUCUUGGUGUGAACGGGGCUUAAGACACCAUUUCAUUUUUAAAAAGCAUUAAGAAACAUUAAAAGUCAAUGUAGUGUCACUAAUAUAGCCUUUUCUAUUUCCUGAAUUACUCUUGUUUUUGUGAGCUUGUUGUAGCCUGUUGUACUGCUUCAUAUGCACAUUAAAAGCCAAAAUAAAUCGAUGUGCUCUUACA